UGCCUUUCCAACCCGGUACUGUUAACGUUAGCAUACCGGCUAACCUAUGGAUAUCAUGUUUCAUGUCACUAAGACACGCUGGCUAGCUUCUUUGGCUAGUCAGUCUUGUGUGCUUGAUGUUACACAUGCGGAAGGGUUGCUCGGACACAUUAAGAGUUGAAACCGACGGCGACUGUGUGUGUUGUCAGGGAGCAGACUGCGCGGUGUGAGGCAAUGCGGCCGCUACUCGUCGCCGGGCUGGUCGCGGCGGUGCUGUCGCUGCUGACCGGGCAGAGUCGGGCGGACGGCGGGGGCCCCAGCCUCGCGGAUCGGGUUAUCUGGGCUGUGAACGCCGGGGGCGAAACGCACGUUGACGUACACGGCAUCCACUUCAAGAAGGACCCGUUGGAAGGGAAACUGGGCAAAGCAUCUGAUUAUGGGGUGCGUCUGCCAAUCCUGCGCUCCAGUCCAGAAGACCAGAUCCUGUACCAGACUGAGCGUUACAAUGAAGACACUUUCGGAUAUGAUGUUCCUAUUCGGGAGGAAGGAGACUACAUUUUAGUUUUGAAGUUUGCAGAGGUUUACUUUGCACAGUCGCAGCAAAAGGUAUUUGACGUCCGUCUAAAUGGCCACGUGGUGGUGAAGGACCUGGAUAUCUUUGACCGUGUGGGUCACAGUACCGCUCAUGAUGAGAUCGUGCCCUUCUCUAUUAGACGAGGCAAGCUGAGUGUGCAGGGAGAGGUGUCCACUUUCAACAGCAAGCUCACUGUGGAGUUUGUGAAGGGUUAUUAUGACAACCCCAAAGUCUGCGCUCUCUAUGUCAUGAAGGGAACUUUAGAAGACGUGCCAAAACUUCAGCCUCACCCCGGCUUGGAGAAGCACGAGGAAGAGGAAGAGGAGGAGGAAGACAGCGAAGGAGGCGAAGAAGGAGGGAAGAAAAAGAUCCCGGCCGGCUCCAAGUACAGGGUCCAGUCCGGCCCGCGAACGCCCAACCCGUACGCAGCCGACAACAGCAGCCUGAUGUUCCCCAUCCUGGUUGCAUUCGGGGUGUUCAUCCCCACGCUGUUCUGCCUCUGCCGGCUGUGAGCUGACACCAACAGAGGGGGGAGACACACCGAGGCUAAAGGCGGACGCGGGACUGUGAAGAGAGAGAGAGAGAGAGUGGGGGAGGAAGGGGAGAGCAAGUGAAGGUGGCAACAGCAGCGCAGGUAAAAGCAUUCACACAGGAGAGCCUGAGGCACGGGGGGGGGGG